AUUCUGUAACGUUAUCUUGGUCAGUAUCUUACAGACACAUUGUAAAAUCCGAAAUUACGCAGAAAGCAAAAGAAGAGCAAAUACCCAAUCUUUCUGUCUUUAUCUCUGCUUUCCUUUGUUCUUACUCAUUCCACCCACUUACUCACUCUUUUCAUCUUUCCUCCGACUCAACUCUCUCACCAAGUGAUGUUCACUCACUACUUAUUUGAUCAUUCCCUGCUAUCCAUUUCUUCACUUUUAUAUGCCCAAUUCAGCUGCAUAACGCCACAUGAACAUCACAAAAAUACACACUUUCUUCAGAUUGCCUUCCACUCAAAAUUCCUCUCAUGUUUCAUGCUGUAUUAAAUAGAUUUUUUUGAUCGAAUAGAAGGAUUUGGAUAUCGCAUCCUUUUUAUGCUGAAAUUAGUAUUAUGUGAUAUUCCAGUGAUUCUUGAACUUCUUAAUGAGAGUGAUUGCAUAAAAGAAAGAAAGAAAGAGUUCAGUUGAUGUUGUUGUGGAACAUGAUGGAUGAAAGGAAGUUGAACAUUAAUGCUCCUCUUAUGUCGGUGAGACGCUCUUUUGGUACACCUCCAUCCUUAACUGAAACAACUAGAAGGAUGUUAGAGAAGGCACAAACACUUCCACACUGUGAAUCAGACACCACUUUGGAUCAGGUAACAGACCCUGUUGCAGUUCCUUUCAACUGGGAGCAUAUCCCUGGAAGGUCGAAGGAUUAUGAUGGAUCUGAACCUCAAUUUCCUGAACAGGUUUCAAUUGUCCCAAUCCCAACUCUUCCUCCUGGAAAGUUUACAAAUAAUGCCAGAGAACCAUUGAAAAAGGACAGUAAUGUUGCAAAUAACUUUAGAUCCCCAAGCACAUCAAAUUCUUUUAGUGAGAAAAUAGAAUGUGACAGAGAAGGUAAAAAUGUAAAAACAGAAAAGGUGGAAGAGAAUGAUGACUAUGAUAAUGAUGGCGAUGUUUUUUCUGAUGCCCUUGAAACACUGUCACCUACUGAGCCAUUGUCCAUGAAUUGUAGUGUAAGUGGUGUUAGUGGCUUAGAUAAUUUGGAUUCAAAUAUGUGUGGAGUCUCUUCUACUGAUAAACAAGCUCAUGAUUUCAUGAUGAGCCGGUUUUUACAUGCAGCAAAGGCUGUGACAAUCCAGCCUCCUCAAUAUAUUUCUUCUAGAAAACAAUCUGUUGUGGCAGAACAACCUAGGGAGUUCAUCAAAUUGGUUCCUGAGCAAAAGAAGUCAUUUGUUAAUAGAUAUAUCACCGACAUUGUACCAUAUAAUGGUCAAUGUCAAGAAGAUGAAGAAGAGGAAAGUGGAGAUGAAACUAAUGAUUAUGCAAAUAUUUCAGCUAAAGGUUGCGGAUUGCUUCCUCGAUUAUGUGUUAGAAAUUCAUUGUGCAUGCUAAAUCCAGUGACUGGGACAAAAAUGGGGAAUCAGUUAUCAUUGUAUUCUGCCUAUGAGGUUGGAAAACCUGAUAAAAGUUCUCAUAUUCGCUCUCACAGACCAGCUCCAGUUAUAAAGAAGGCUUGGGAUGCUAUUAAUAUGAGGAAAUCAAGCUCAAGAGCUGCAUCACCAGAUAAACAGGAUCUAAGGAAAAAAUGGACCAGUGAAUCAAACAGGUAUACUUACUCUGGCGAAAUGAAGCAGUUGGAUAGACUUUCUCCCUUUCGUCGUUCAAGAACUGCUACUGGUAUAUCUCCUUUUCCAAGUAAAUCUCAAUCUCUUCUUUCUGGAACGAAGUCGUCCGGUGAUUCCAAACAAGCUGAGAAUAAUAUUUCUGACAAAUUAAAAUAUCCUAGAAGACGAUCUGCAAGUAUUCAAGACAUGCUAUCACAAGGAGCCAAAAGAAGCUCAAGUUCUGGGAGCUUUACUAUUGAAAAGACUCUGUACAUAGAUACUGCGAGUACUCUAAAAUCGUCAUGCUCUAGUUCACGUUCACUAGGAAGCGCAACAGUGGCAGGAAAAGAAAGAAAUUCCUUACUGGAUUCUUUUCGAGAUACUAAACACCUACAUGAUUUGGACGAGAAUUUGGGUUCUCAAGAGUUGAAUACUGUGGAUGUCAAUUCUUCAACUUUACCAAGAAUGGUAUAUCUCAUGGCCAAAGAAGAUAAAGCUGAAAGAAUGACAGCUGAUCAAGAAAUUAGUCAAGAAUCCACGUCCUUGCAACUUGUUCCAAGUUCAUUUGACAAAGAUGCAGAGAUCAACAACCAACAAAUUGUAGUAAUUGAUGAUCAAGGAAAUGUUGGCACUGAAUACGUUCUGCAUCCUCUUGCCCCUCCAUUGCCAAAGUCACCUUCUAAGUCCUGGCUUUGUCGUGCCCUGCCUCUAGUUUCUUCUAAGAAUUCAUUCCCUCAUAAAAAUCAAGGUACACAAUCCAAGUCUAAAAGGCAGGGUUUUAGUAGAGCAUCAAGCUAUACUAAGUGGGAAACAAUAGUGAAAUCUUCGAACGUGAAUCAUGAUCAAGUAAGCUGUUCUAAGGAACUAGUCGUGUAUAGAUCUCAUCAUUCGAAAUCUUAGACGUGGAACGCUGGCGUUUAUACCAUGUUAUGAUCCGAAGCUUUUUAUGUCCUUUAUUUUUUCAGCCUCAUGGGAUUUGGUUCUCCUCCUCUUAUUGCUUGUUUGCAUGACAGCAUAGGUUAGAUUUUGGCCUCUCAUAAACUUUCAUAUCUUAGUUCUCAUCUUCUUUUGAAUUUUGUUUCCAUUUGUUGACAUCUUAAACUUUAUUCCUCACACCUUUUUCAUUUUCUUCAUGUCAGAUUUUACACAGGAAUGAAUGUAUAACUUUCGGUGAUAAAUAAAAGUAAACAAAGCUUCUUUGGACUAGUGGUACUUUAGAUGAAUUCAAAAUUUGAUAAGCAAACUCCAGAGGUUCAUUCGCACUACUAUAGUGUCUUCCUUGUGGUUCUUCCUGACAGCUUGCUCAGAUAACGGACCUUUGUUUUUUUUUUUUUAUCUGAGAUAAUAUUAAAAUCGGUAUUUUAUAUAAGGGAAUGUAUAUAUAUAUAAAUUACAUUAGUCAUUGCUGUUAUUGAUGUUGA